AUGGCGGUGGCCGUGCUGCUGCUGCUGGCAGCUCUGCUCCUGCCAUGGCCGCCUGCAGCCUCGGCCGCGCAGCCCGGCGACGCGCAGAGCUGCCAGCAGCGCUGUCGCCAGCGCGACCACCCCGGCCCGCGGCCUUCGCAGGCGGGGCUCCCCUCGGAGUCCCCGUGCGACAAGGCUGUCCUGGUGAGCGCCUGCGAACGAGGCUGUCGGCUCUUCUCCAUCUGCCGCUUCGUGGCCCGGAGCUCCAAGCCCAAUGCGACCCUGCUGGAGUGUGAGGCAGCCUGCACGGAAGCCUACGUGAAGAACGCAGAGCGGCAGGCCUGCAAGGAAGGUUGCCGGGGCCAGCCCAUGGAGCCCGAGGCUGGAUCCCUGCUGGAGAAGAAGAGACAGGUCCUGGAGGCCCCCAGUGGAGCCCUCUCCCUCUUCGACCUGUUCUCCACGCUCUGCAAUGAUUUUAUGAACUCGGCUCAAGGCUUUGUCUCUUCCACGUGGACUUACUAUCUACAGACAGACCAUGGGAAGGUGGUGCUGUUCCAGACGCAGCCUGUGGUGGAGAACUUGGGCUUCCAGGGCAGCCGCUUGCAACGAGUAGAGGUGACCUGGAGGGGGUCCCACCCUGAUGCCUUGGAGGUGCACAUGGACCCCGUAGGCCCCUUGGACAAGGUGAGGAAGGCCAAGAUUCGCGUCAAGACCAGUUCCAAGGCCAGGGUGGAGGCUGAGGAGCCACAGGACAACGACUUUCUGAGCUGCAUGUCCCGGCGCUCGGGGCUGCCUCGCUGGAUCCUCGCCUGCUGCCUCUCCUUGUCCGUGUUGGUCAUGCUGUGGCUAAGCUGCUCCAGCCUGGUCACGGCGCCAGGCCAGCACCUCAAGUUCCAGCCCCUGACCUUGGAACAGCACAAGGGCUUCGUGGUGCAACCAGACUGGCCCCUGUAUCCUCCCCCCACACACGCCUAUGAGGGCAGCCCCCCGCCCUACAAGCUCAAGUUGGACCUGACCAAGCUGUAG